CCUCCGCUCUCCUCCGCUCGCUGUUAGGGAGGCUCUGCGCCUCAGUCGCUGCCUCCGUGGCUGCUCCCGCCCCAUCUUCCGCGUCUCCGCCGCCGCCACGGCCGGGGGCAUCCGGGGGUCGCCUACCGGGCUGGCCCCGAGCCACAGUCGUCGCCUCAGCCUCCCGCCAGUGGCCGCCACAGGAAGAGGCUCGCCGGUCGCGGAGUCACUUGGGGCCUCAGUUUUCGCCCUCUUGCAGUCGCCGCGGGUCCUGGAGAAGCGGCCGCGGCCGGGGAACGGGGCGUCGCGGUUCCAAGGAUUAACUGCUGAAGUACUGAUCGAGUUCUGCGUUUCUUCAAUGAGGAACUAUAGGCUGAUCUUCUGCCAUAAUCUCAAACAGCCAUAAAUGACAAAAGAAUGCUUGCUCAGUGAGGGUAGCUGGUGCAGAAACCAUUUUUUAAACUUAGGUGUUUAAGUACUCAAAGAAAAGACAGCUUUGAUUUCUGGCUGCAAAAAAGAUAUGAGGAAGAGCUCCUCCCCUUCCUUGAGUAACUGCAACUCCGUUCUUGCUAACAAAAUAUUUGGAAUUCCACUUGAUGAGCUGCAGCAGGGAGGACAUCCAGACAAUGAGGUUCCGUUCAUAGUCCGCCAUGUAGUGGACUAUAUUGAGGAACAUGGAGGUCUGGAGCAACAAGGACUUUUUCAAGUCAAUGGAAAUGCUGAGACAGUGGAGUGGCUUCGGCAGAGAUACGACAGUGGAGAAGAGGUGGAUUUGGUUAAGGAAGCAGAUGUUCCCUCAGCUAUUAGUCUUCUUAGGUUUUUCCUUCAAGAACUUCCUGAACCUGUUAUCCCUGGCAGUUUGCAUAUUCACUUGAUGCAACUUUCUCAAGAUUAUAAUAAUGAAGAUGAGUUUGGAAGAAAGUUGAGGUUCCUCUUGCAACAGCUUCCACCUGUUAAUUACAGUUUGUUAAAGUUCCUGUGUAGAUUUUUAGCCAAUGUAGCAUCACACCAUGAAGAAAUCUGGUCAGCAAACUCUUUGGCUGCUGUCUUUGGUCCAGAUGUCUUCCAUAUUUACACAGAUGUGGAAGAUCUGAAAGAACAAGAAAUAGUAAGCAGGAUAAUGGCUGGACUUCUGGAAAAUUACUAUGAGUUUUUUGAGAAUGAAGAGGAAGAUUUUUCAUCUAAUGAUUUGAGUUCAAUUACUGAACAGAUACAUGCCCAAGCGUGGGACUGCUGGAUCACAUGCGACUCUAUUAGUUUUAAGGCAGGUAGCAGCGUUCUCCACAAGCUGGAGUCUGGAGAGCAGGCAUUUCACGAGGUCCUAGAGAAGGGAAUUACAGCAGUCAAAGAAGGAAGAGAUGUUAAUGAACUUUCUGAGGAAGAAGAAGAAGAUGAAAAGCUGGAACAUAUAGAAGAACUUCCAGAAGAGGGUGCAGGAAAAUCAGAUGACAUGCCAGAGGUGGUACAGUUAAGGAUGACUGAAAACAUCCUGGAACCAAAUAGUGUUACAGCAUCAACAAGUGCCCAUACAUCACCCAUCAGCAUCUUACCAGCCUCUGCAGACAUUUUAGAAAGAACAAUUAGAGCAGCUGUGGAACAGCACCUUUUUGAUCUGCAGAGCAGCAUAGAUCAUGAUCUUAAGAACUUACAGCAGCAAAGUCUCGUGUGUAAUAAUGAAGCAGGAAGUGUUAAUUGUGAUGGGGAAGGAUCUAAUAACCAGGUUGAUAUUGCUGAUGGUAUUAUUAAUGCCAGUGAACAUAAAAGAGACUGUUCAGAACCUGUGGCUAGCACUAAUUUAGACAAUGAAGCUAUGCAGCAAGAUUUUGUAUUUGAGGAUGAAGAAAAUAACCAGUGUGUAGGUAUAUUGUUAGAGCCAUGCAGUGACCAUGGUGAUGGUGAAGAUGACUGUCUUGAGAGGAAUGAAUAUUUGUCACUUGACAGUGAUAAAUUGUCACACUUGAUUCUGGAUUCUAGUAGCAAGAUAUGUGAUUUGAAUGCCAACACUGAAUCAGAAGUGCCAGGAAGUCAAAGUGUUGGUGUUCAAGGGGAAGCAGCAUGUGUCCAAAUUCCACUUUUAGAUCUGAAGAAUGUUUCUGAUGGUGAUAAAUGGGAAGCGUCAUGCCCUAUCACUUUUCCCCUCAUUGAUUUCAAAACAAUGCAUCUGCAGAGAGAUGGGGAGGAGCCAUUUCCUGCUUUUAAGUCUUGGCAGGAAGACUCUGAGUCUGGAGAAGCUCAGCUGUCUCCACAAGCUGGAAGAAUGAAUCAUCACCCUCUGGAAGAAGACUGUCCUCCAGUGUUAUCACAUCGAAGUUUAGAUUUUGGGCAAAGCCAGCGUUUCCUACAUGAUCCAGAAAUGUCCUCAUCUAAAGCACUUUCUUUUGCUAGGAUUCGAAGAUCAUCCUUUAGUUCAAAAGAUGAAAAAAGAGAGGACAGAACACCAUAUCAAUUAGUCAAGAAACUUCAGAAAAAAAUCAGACAAUUUGAGGAACAAUUUGAAAGGGAAAGAAAUGGCAAGCCCUCCUACAGUGAUAUAGCAGCCAAUCCAAAGGUAUUAAAAUGGAUGACAGAGCUCACCAAACUUCGAAAGCAAAUUAAAGAUGCAAAACACAAAACCUCUGAUGGAGAAUUUGUACCUCAGACACGUCCACGUAGUAACACUCUUCCAAAAAGCUUUGGCUCUUCUCUAGACCAUGAAGAUGAAGAGAAUGAAGAUGACUCCAAGGUCAUUCACAAGGAGAAGAAGCCAUCUAAGGAAGCAACACUUGAACUUAUUCUGAAAAGACUCAAAGAAAAACGUGUCGAGAGGUGUCUUCCAGAAGAUAUCAAAAAAAUGACAAAAGAUCAUCUGGUAGAAGAGAAAACUUCUCUCCAGAAAAGUCUUCUUUAUUAUGAAAGUCAACAUGGAAGGCCGGUGACCAGGGAAGAAAGGCAUAUUGUUAAACCUCUCUAUGAUAGAUACAGACUUGUAAAACAGAUGCUGACAAGAGCUAGCAUCACUCCUGUCCUUGGAUCUCCAUCCACCAAGCGAAGAGGUCAGAUGUUACAGCCAAUCAUAGAGGGAGAAACUGCACAUUUUUUUGAAGAAAUCAAGGAAGAAGAAGAAGAUGGUGUUUGUCUGUCCUCUGAGUUAAGUGAUAUCUUGAAAACUGCUGUACAGGCACAGUCAUUGGAAAACUCAGAAUCUGAUGUUGAAGAAAAUCAGGAAAAACUGGCUCUAGAUCUCCGAUUGUCAAGUACUCGAGCAGCUUCUAUGCCCGAAUUGCUGGAACAACUUUGGAAAGCCAGGGCUGAAAAAAAGAAACUACGUAAAACAUUACGGGACUUUGAAGAAGCAUUUUAUCAACAAAAUGGAAGGAAUGCUCAGAAAGAGGAUCGUGUUCCAGUGCUUGAGGAGUACAGGGAGUACAAGAAAAUUAAAGCCAAGCUUAGGCUUCUUGAAGUUCUUAUCAGCAAACAAGAUUCUUCAAAAUCCAUAUAAAAUAUGGUCCUUGAAAACAUCAUAAAAUCAGUUGUAUUCCCUGAAGCUAUCAUCGUGUGUACUUGGCUGGUACUUAAGUUCAUUCUGUCAGGCACUCAAGAGAGUUUCAUUUUAUACUUGCUGGUGGUGCCACUAGAGAAAUGAUGGGAGGGUAAGUAGACCUUAUCUAGGGAGUGCGAUGUUCCAUAUUAACCACAGACUGUCCUCUCUACCUUUAGCAAACAUCCACUUUUCUUCAUUGUUUUGUACUGCAGAUACAUCGUGUUAUUAAAAGACUAAUAUUUUAUCUUUUCAACUUUAAGAACUUUGAAGAUAGAAGCUUUUUGUUAUUACCAACUUUAUUGUUUUGUUUCUCAUUACUCAAGAAAAUUGAGAGGAAAAUCUUCACAUUGAAUUCUUCUUCGGUUGCCUUUUUCUUACAGAAUGACUGAAAAUUUGAAAGAAAAGCCUAUAAAUGUGCACAUAUGCAACUAUGUUCUAUGUUUUCUUAAAAAACCAAAAUCAACUGAAAUUUCAAGUCCUACAAUGGAACAUAUUUCUGUUAAAUGCCCAAAGUGACGCUUUCUCAUCCAUAUUAUGUUAGCAGAAUUUUGCAGUUCAGUGGUCACACAGCUCCUGGAUGAAGAUAACAAUGGCUAGACCAAAAAGUGACCUUGCUUAUUAGUGUAGUGAAAAUACACACCACACAUCACACACAGAACUGAAUUAUAUCACAUGCUGCCUUUGGGACUUAAGUUACUCUUUGUUUCCUCAGUUGCAGUUUAUCAGUUGGUGAUGAUGUGAUUUGUCUGGAUUAGAUCCUGCGUUUUUUCCCCCUACCCACCUCCAGAUAAUGUGAGAAAAUAGCCAUGUCAGCAUGUAGGAACUGAUGGUGCUCAGAUUUGUGUUGUUCAAUCAAAUGGGCUUAAAUUGGCAAAAGAAUCAUUAUGCCUGAAGUGAAUCCAUUCUUAACAAGGGCUAUACCACUGCAUUUUUUCUUGUACCUUUGGGGGGGUGCAUCUUUUUUUCUUUUUCUUUUUUAAUUAGCAAAAUCCAUAAAGAAAACAUCCUCUAAAGGGAUUUGCUCAGUCACAUGCUAUUUAAAGCACCUGGCUAUGUGAUUAUUGUGGUAUGCCCCUUGUCAUACACUCUAAGCAUAUCUUUUUUUCUUUGGGUUUGCAUGGCUUUUCUUCAGGUUCUUUCCUGAUAUAAUUCUGCUAAUUAAUUUCACAGAAUAGUGACUUUAUUUGUGCUAACAAUGUAAUAGUCAUUAACAGCAUAUUCUGAUCAGGCUUGAUCUACUUGUUAAUUUUUUUCCUGGUGCUUUUUUGGAUUGAUGUGUGUCUCACUUUGUGCCCAUGUUUUGCAUGCAGUGACUCAUGCAUGGUUUUCUUAACUAGCUAAUAUUCAUAAUUUGUUUCAUACAAAAACAGACUUUUGCAACAUCCUUUAAUAAGGUGAGGGAAGCAUGAACCUCAGACUUCUGGCACUAUUACAUAGCACAUGAAGUAGCUUGAUAACAAGUAGCAUUUCUAGUACUUCACAUUUCACCUGUGUGUGCAAUGCCUUUUUUGGGGGGAGGGAACAUUCCUUGGUAGUGAACACGUUGGGGAAUAAAGCACUAAAUCCAGCCCUUUUCAUGUGGUUUCCUUUUGAUACAGAUUGGUUAUUCGUAAUGUACACCUAGAAUCGUGAAAUUGAAAAUACCAGAAGAUGUUAUCACUUUCAUUUUGAAUUCAUCAUGCAGUGUGCAUUUAGUUAAUGUCUUUUAGUCUCCAGACAGGAGUAUAUCCAAACAUCUUAUUUAAUGUGCACUGUGUAUUGUUUUAUAUGAAUGUUUUAUUUUAUAUACCACAUGCAAAAAUGUCCAUAUGCACUAUUUAAAUGUUUUAAAUAAUAUAUUCCUUCUUUAUAAUGCUAAAUCUAUAUUAGUACCAUAUUUUUAUAAGUCAUUCGCCUGACUGGUUUCAUUUUAGAAUUAACAGCUGCUUCAUGAUGUUGGUUAUUCACUGUUAAUGUUUGGCUGUGAGUAGAAUAGAUAAAAAGUAGCAUAGCAGCACGCAUGCUAUGUGACAGUAUUGUGUGUCAUAGUUCAGCAGUAAGUGGUAGAAUUAGACAGUGUGUGAUAAUUUUACUUUGGUACAAGUAAAAACUGUAUAUCUAUAUACAAGCAAUAUAUAGAUAUAUAUGACUGUAAGUAUCAUUGCAUUGCUGUGUCUGGCACCUCAUUGUAUAGACUUUUGUAAUAAAAGAACUUCAGUGUUCUAAGUC